UUUAUUCCAUAUUGUUUGUGUUUUUUAUUACAAAAGGAAGAAUAAUUCAUUAAGUAACAAUGGCCACGAUUGCGAAAAGACCUUCUCUUCACAGCAAAUCCAGUGAGCACAACCGCUUAAUAAAAUACGAAAUAGAGAACUUCAUGGAGAUCAGUCGACGCGAUGAGUUUCUGAGUUUUGAUGUAGAAAAAUUGCAACGUAUUCUGGAAUCUGACAAUUUGAAUAUAACUCGUGAGGAAGACGCCUACGUUGCCAUAAAACGCUGGUUCAAUUACGAUGUUUCUGUACGUCAAGAGUCUCUGCCACUUUUAAUAGCUUGCCUCCGGCUUACCCAAGAUAAAUAUGCGGUUCACAAAGCCACGUGCUACUUGUGAGAAAACAUUCCUGGUGGUUUGCCAAUCAGAGAUGAACCACAAGGUGCUGCAAUAUAGCAAAGCUGAGGAUAAGUGGCAAGAAUGUGCGAGUUUAGAAAUCAAUCACACACAUUAUAAUACGAUUUUAAAGGAUGACAAUAUAUAUUUUAUUGGCGGUUAUGACCGUGAAUUGACUAUAAACACAGUAUAAGUCUCCACCAUCAUCAUCCGGAGCCGGAGCUGGAAUAUACGAAUAAGACAUGGCAUAAUUUGCCCGCCAUGAAGCAAGUAAGGUAUGGACAGUGUGUUGUCGAAUUAGAUGGUAAAAUCUACGCGAUUGGUGGUUUUGGGGAUAGCAAGGUUUUGUCGUCAGUGGAAAGAUAUACGCCGUCCCAAGGUUGGGAGGUCGUGAAGAGUUUGAUUAUUGGACGAUUCGAUGCCAAUGCAGAGAUUUUGAAUGGUAAAAUUUACGUAAUGGGCGGACUUAGGGGCUUUCAAUCCUCUAUAAGAUCCGUCGAAUGCUACAAUCCGGAUUCGAAUACUUGGACUUCUUGCGCGGAUAUGAAUGAAUGUCGUGAUAUUCCUUUUGUAAGAGCACAUAAGGGUCAUAUUUAUGUUUUAGACACGUAUUCUGCUAAGAGUAGACAAAGUGUUGAACGUUAUGAUCCUCAGCGAAACAUCUGGUCUAAGAUUUGUUGUUUGAAUGCUGACUGGGCUCGUAUUGCAGGCAUGUCGUUGGACAAUAAGCUAUGGUUUAUCGGCCGCCCUAAGUCUGACGACUGGUCAAGUGUGUCAGUCUAUGACGAGGCUAAUGACCGUUGGGUAAAAAAGUGUUCAUUACCCAAUGUGUACGGAUAUUUCCGUUGUGUUGUGCCUGUAGCCUUACUGUCGUUGAAAUGAAUAAAUAAUGUUAUACAUAUUUUUUUAAAUACAUACAUUUUUUUAUAAG